AUGUGCAAAAAGGCAGCCUGCGACACUUGCAAAAAGUCCACGUGGUGGGGCUGCGGCUCACACGUCCCCAUGGUCAUGGACACCAUCCCCGAGGAAGAGCGCUGCGCGUGCGAGCCCAAGGUCGAGCGCGACGGAAAGCAGUACCCGCCCAUGGCAAAGCAGCCCUUCUGA